UGAAUAAGCGCCUGGCUAUGUACUAACUACAUACAUUCGUUUUCAAGCCCCCAAAAAUAAAAUUGUCUUAUUCUCCACGGUGAUCACCGAAAUUUCACUUAAAUCAUCGUUGCGUGUACUAAAUGCCUAAUAUGGAGAGCAGGAAAUUGUUAUCGAAAGCAAAAACAUGAAAACGGACCAGACAUAGGAGACGUGACGCUACCAGCCACUAUCUUCACUGCCCGUCUUCUCAACGAGAACUUCAAAAAACUUGGAUAAAACAUGAGCAUAUGUGACAAGCAAGGCAGCCGCUAAGAACACUGUUUGACCAUGGAUUCUGUAGCGAAUAAUAUUUCCUUGGAAACAUAACUAUCGUAUACACUAGAAAAUUAGUUGGAGAUCACAGAGUAUCGCCGACAGGCAAGCGAGAAGAACCGGCGCUGCGGUGAGGAUGUGUGAGUCCCUAAACGCUACCGGUAACCUUAGCCAAUGCGUCAAUACGACCAGCCUCCCAGUAGCCGUCACCACCCACCGGUAUAGACUAACCGGGGUGUCAAGUUGGGAUGACGCCACCUGGGUCAUGUCCAGCGCCUUUAUCAUCUUCACCAUGCAAUCGGGAUUUGGACUGCUGGAAUCCGGAAUGGUCUCAAGGAAGAAUGAAGUCAACAUUAUGGUGAAAAACGUUGUCGACGUCAUCUUCGGAGGGCUUUCGUUCUGGGCGUUUGGCUACGCAUUUGCGUUCGGAGAUAGCCCGAGCAGUAACGCAUUCUGCGGCAUCGGCCGGUUUUUCACCGAUGCAACUCAACCGGAGAUGGGCACGAUAUUUUCCAAGUUCUUCUUUCAGCUCUCCUUCGCUACGACAGCCGUAACCAUAGUGUCCGGAGCGAUGGCAGAGAGAACAAAGCUUGAGUCGUACUGUCUGUUCUCAUCACUGGGAAUUCUCGUGUACUGUUUCCCUGCGCAUUGGGUCUGGGCCGAGAACGGAUGGCUUGCGACACUUGGCGCUGUCGAUAUAGCUGGGUGUGGCGUUGUGCACGUUGUUGGUGGCGUGACAGGUCUAGUGGCGACUAUUAUACUCAAGCCGCGGAUUGGUCGGUUUAACUGUUCCAAGCCUCUUUCUAUGGGCUCGCCCGUGACUGCUAUCCUUGGUCUAUUCGUCCUCUGGUGGGGAUGGCUGGGGUUUAACUGCGGCAGUACAUUUGGAAUCACUGGCGAGAAAUGGCAGCUUGCAGCAAGGGCCGCCGUUAACACUUUGAAUGCAUCUAUUGGAGGAGGAAUAUUUGCGUUUUCUUACAGCUAUGCGCGCUAUAACAGAAAAGUUGACGUUAGCUAUGUCGUCGUUGGUAUUCUAGGAGGGCUGGUAUCCGUAACAGGUAUCUGCCCUCUUGCGCGCCCGUGGGAGAGUAUUCUUAUCGGGACAAUUGGUGGCGUACUCAGCUGCUUCGGCCGAAACCUCAUUCAGAAGCUCAAAAUUGACGACCCCACCGGGUGCCUGGCCGCGCACAUUUUAUCAGGAAUCUGGGGCCUAGUCUCCGUAGGCUUCUUCACUGAGGUGGAUAAUCUUGAACAUUUUUCGACCAUCAACGGAGUACUAAAAGGCGGUAACGGCUGGUUAUUGGGUAUACAGCUCUUGACCGUCGUGGCCUUGAUAGCCUGGAGCGCCGCCGUGUCGUUCAUUCUCCUGAUGAUUCUGAACAAGCUGGUUGGGCUUAGAGUAACGGAGGAAGAAGAGAAUCUCGGUUGCGAUGCAGUGGAGCACGAGAUGGAUUAUCGCAAAACCGAGAACACUAAACAGAUGAAGGCAAUAAUUGGCUUGAACAUGUUUCUGAACAGCAAGAUCGGGACAAUAAGGCGCGACUCUGCAAUUCGUCCAGCUCCAUGUGCAUUCACUGUCAAACUGGACGAAGCAGAAAAUGAGGAAUCGCCAAAAGUCUACAAAGGACGGCGGAGAGGUGGAGGGGCUAUAUUAGACAUGCAUCACGACUUGAGCGACCCCGAGUCGUCUGAUCAAGUCAUUAGCAGUCCCAAAAUGUCUCUGGUAGCUAGGCGAGGCACAGUGCUGAGUGAUGGGGACUGCCAAGCCCCCGGUAUGCUGAACUCAUAAAAUGGACCUGUUCACCGAGUACCUGAUUCCAUAGAAGUGGUGACAUGACCUUUAUUUAAGGGACUUUGCUUGUUUUUUAUAGUUUUAGGGACUAGGGACUAGGGACGUCAUCACAGGGCCGUAGCAGGCCUCGAUAUAUUGGGGGGGGGGGCACGUUCCCCCAGUGCCCUACCCUGCGAGAAGAGCUUUCUCCUCUGUGACUCGUUGAUCGUAGUCAUUCGCGUCCGCCAAAUGGAGAGAAACAAGGGAGAAGCCUCUGGUAGCAGGGUACAAGAGCCCAAGAGCGCUACAUAAAGAAAAGAAAAUUUAUACCUACCCGUGGUUAUGCAAUUAAAAAGAUUUAAAAUCC